AUGAAAACCUCACGAAAACCGCCACGUCGACCGAGUUCCACGUCACAGAAAAGUGAGUGUGUGGCCUAGAAAUUCAACUUGUUGGAUUUCUAGGCCACAUGAAUAUUUAUUAUUUUUUUAGACCAGGAAGUUGCGAAAAAAUCGAUGGUAGAUCAAAAUUUGGAGGAUGAUGAGGCUCCGCCCGAUCCGAAAGCUUCGAAUUUUGAUGUGUGAGUGGUUUUUCGGGAUUCUAGGCCACCGAAACUCGGCCAGGGUGAUUCUUUGGGGUUCUAGGCCACAAAAACUCGGCGAGCAAAACUUCUUGGGAUUUCUAGGCCAUUAACAUUCGGCGAUCGGUUUUCUAGGCCAUCAAAUAUACAUUUUUGAAUUUCUAGGCCACCAAAACUUGGCCAAGAGCCUGUUUUGGUUAUCUAGGCCAUGAAAACUCGGCCAGCGGGUUUCUAGGUUAUCAAGAAUUGUUAAUUGGUUUUCUAGGCCACCGAAACUCGGCCAAGAGCCUGUUUUGGUUAUCUAGGCCAUGAAAACUCGGCCAAGAUGAUUUCUUGAAAUUCUAGGCCAUCAAACAUUGUUAAUUGGUUUCCUAGGCCACCAAAACUCGGCCAGUAUAGCUUCCAAAACCCCUAGAAAAAAAUCCGGAAAAAUUAAAAAUUAAAAAAAAAAACGUGAACGUGACCUAGUUUCAACCACAUCAUUUUUUUCCCACAAAAAAUGGGAACCCCAAAUCAUUUUUCAAUUUUUUUAAUCAUGGAAACUGUCUGGCCGAUUUUGGUAUGUUUUGGGUUUCUAGGUCAUCAAAACUCGGCCACCUCACUAAUAUUCCGAUUUUCAGAUCUGUUCAUUGUUUGCUGCGCGAAAUCGAUGAUCGAAAAUUGAUUUUGCUAAUCAGCGGACAUCCGUCUGCCAGAUCUACAGCCCUAAUUUUGCAGGCUUUGCGACAGGUUUGCUGAAAAUAUUUUCAGAUGAACAAAUUUGAAAUUCUGAAAUUUUUUUCAGCAAAUGUCGGUUGCCACGUUGGACGAAUACGUGGCAGAUUCGUUGGAUUGGCUGAUUGAGAAUGAUGUGUUGAUGCUGAAAAUGAAGAAGAAUGUGAGUUCUGGAACUACAGUAACCUGGAUUACUGUAGAGAAUUAUCUGGAAAAAUAUGCAUUUGAUUUAUUGUAAUUUAAAAAUAAGAUUUUCUAUUAACAAAUUUUUGAAACAGUAGAUUUUCUGGAACUACAGUAAUCUGGAUUACUGUAGAAAUAUUUAAAAAAUAAUAAAAUGGACUAAUCAUAAUUAAAUAAUGAGAUUUUCUAUUAAAAAAUUUUUGAAACAGUAGAUUGAUUUUCUGAAGUUACAGUAAUCUGGAUUACUGUAAAAAAAUAUUAAAAAAUAAUAAAUUGAACUCAUCGUAAUUUAAAAAUAAGAUUUUCUAUUAAAAACUUUUUUGAAACAGUAGAUUUUUUUUGUGAAAAAUUAAUUUUCCAGUCAAUUUUCUGCCGCGUGCUCCAAGCCGAUGGUGUGGAUUCCCGUGAACAAAUGGCAAGACUGGUGAACACAAUGGCCAGUUAUCCAGCUGGCCGAAAUUAUUUUACAGGUAAAAAUCAUGUUUUUGGCUGAAAAUAUGGCUGAAAAUCGUGAAUUUUGGCCAAUUUUCACCCAAAAACUCGUUUUUUUUCACAAAAAAAUUAUUUUCAGCAAAUCACAAAAUUUUCCUGCCUUGUCUGAUUGCGGUUUUGCGAGGGAAACGAUUGCCAUCAACAACUCACGAUCAAUUAAUUGCCUGCGUUCAGAAAUUGAGUAUACGGUAGGUUUUUUGCGCUCAAAAUAUUUAGUUAUGACGUGGAAAAAAAUUCACUGUUUCAAAAUUUGAUAAAAAAAAUAAAAUUCGAACAAAUUUUCAAUUGCAUGUUGAUUUCAACAUCUCAUGAAAAUCCACUGUUUCAAAAUUUUCGUAAUAAAAAUAAUUUUUGAACUAAAUUUGGUAGUCGUUUGUCUUUCCUCGUACAAAAAUUAAAUAAGAAUUUAAAUUCAAAUUCCAAUUUUUCCAGUGCCACGUGUCAGAAAGAGCUCAUUCAAAAUGGGAUGCUCGAAUGGGCUGUGAAUCAUUUGGACCAGAAAUUGAACAACUAUGCUUUCGAAUAUCUCGCAGCUAUGAUUGUCAAUUUAUCGAUUAAUGUGAGUUUUUUCUCCAAAAAAUUGGGAUAUAGUAGACGAUUUUUUUCCAGCCAAUUUCACACUCUUUAAUUACUCGCCUCGCUGAUUCAAUUGCUAAUUCAAUCGCAAAUUUGAUUUCCAAAAUUACACAUGGCGUGAGUUUUUCUUGGGUGGAUUUUGAUUUUUUUGAAAAAAAAACUUCUCGAAAAAAUCAACUGUUUCAAAAAUUUCAUAAAACUUUUCAAAGUUCUGGGGACAAUUUUUUUUUCUUUUGCGAAAAAUAUGCUGAAAAUCAUGCGACCUGGCAUUUCCAACCAAAAUCUCUAUCUUGACAAAAAGUAUUUAUUAUAAUUUUUAGUUAGGGACUAACCAAAGCAGUAUCAUUGAAAAAAGUGAAAUUUCAAGAAACCUAAAUUUUGAAACGUAUUUUUCCCAGAAAAAAUUCACUGUUUCAAAAUUUCAAGAAAUUCUGAGUUUUUCUUCGAAAAAUGUUCGAAACCCUCUCGAAAAUUUUUAUAAAACUUUCAUAAUUUUGCUGGAAAUAUAGUUAUCUCUUUUUUCCGAAAAAUAUGCUGAAAAUCACGUGACCUGCCAUUUCCAACCAAAAUCUGUAACUCGACAAAAAAUAUUUUCUAUAAUUUUUUGAUUUCUCGCCGAAUUUUAAUAUGAAAAAAAUUGAGUUUUCAAGAAACCCAAAUUUUGAAACGUAUUUUUUCCAGGAAAAAUUCACUGUUUCAAAAUUUCAUGAAAUCCUGAGGGUUUUCAUGAUAUCCGAAUUUGACUCGAAAAUACUGAUCCAAAAAAAGUCACUGUUUCAAAAUGUUUUAUAUAAUUUUCAAAAUUUUUGAGGAGAAUGAUUGGUUUUCAUCAAGAAGCAUUAAUUUCGUCUUAUGAACACUUGACAAAAAAUAUUUUAAUCACAUAAAUUUUUGAUUUCUUGCGGAAUCUAAACUUAAUAUGAAAAAAUGAGUAUUCAAGAAACCUAGUAUCAUUGAAGAAAAUUGAAAUUUCAAGAAACCUGAAUUUUGAAACGUAUUUUUUCCUGGGAAAUUUGAGUUUAAAAAAACUCACUGUUUCAAAAUUUCCCAAAAAUUGUAAUUUUUUUUUGAUGAACUCAAUGAUAAUCCAAAAAAAACAGUGAAAAAAUAUAAAAUUAGAUAAAAAUCUAAUUUUUUCUUUGAAAAUUAAUCCUUUCUUUUCCGAAAAAUCAUGCCACGUGGCAUUUCCAACCAAAAUCUGUAACUCCACAAAAAAUAUUUUCUAUAAUUUUUUGAUUUCUUGCCGAAUCUAAACUUAAUAUGAAAAAAAUGAGUAUUGAAGAAACCUGAAUUUUGAAACGUAUUUUUUCCAGGAAAAAAAUCACUGUUUCAAAAUUUUGAGAAAUUUUCAAUUUUUCUUCAGAAAAUGUUUGAUUUAAUGGACCAUUUGAAUUUUUUCAAGAAAAAAUUGACUGUUUCAAAAAUUUCAUGAAAAAUUUAAAGUUGCUGAGGAAAUAGUGUGUUUUGUGAUUGUAUUUGGAAAAAAUAAUAACAAAAUAAUUCCACGUGUCAAUUUCCAGCCCUCAUGCACAAUUUACAACAAUUUGCUGCUCUCCGCUUUGACGUGUGCUCGAAUUCGGCUCCGAGCAAAAGACACCAAAUUAUUGGAGGCCAUCAAAAAUCGCUUGGAAACUCGAAAAUCUUGUCCACUUUGCAAUUUGCAUCUACCGUAUUUAAUUGCGAUUAUUCAACAAGGUACGGUGGAUUUUUGGGGAUUGGGGUACUGUAGAUUACUGUAGGUGGAAUAUUGAUACUGGUACUGUAUGUCAGAAGUUAUGUUCGAAAAUUCGUUGGGUACUGUAGAAUAAUCCCUGGAUUUUUUCUCUACAGUACCCCAGGGUACUGUAGAUUUUCUGGUUGUCUCUUUUUUCUCCUCAUUUCAUUUUGAAACAAAUUUUGAUGGUCACAGAUGUUUUGAGCAGAUGCCAAUUUGAAAUUGGACAGGUGUUUGAAAUUUUGGGGGUACUGUAGGGAAUACUGUAGUUGCUGGGGGAAAAUGAAUGAAAAAUAACUUUGAAAAAAUACACUGUUUCAAAAUUUCUUCUUAAUUAAUUUUGAUAGGUUUUGAAAUAUUGAUAAACUUUUGAUUUAUGCCCUGAAAAAUCAAUUAUAGCUCGAAACCUUCCUAGAAAAUCCUCCAAAAUUCUGAAAAUUCCUGAAACUUUCGAGAAAGUUCCGCUGAAUCAAAAAAUUCCGAAAAUCCUCUGAAUCCUUUAAGUUCAUUUAACUACUUCCCAAACUGUAAUAAAUUUUUGAAAAAAAAAUUCACUGUUUCAGAAACAUUUGUUUAUUUUCUGAUGAUUUUUUUGUUAUUACGCAUAGUUGUCUCAUUUGGAAUAAUUCACUGUUUCAGAAAAAUUGUUUAUAAAUUUGAUGGGUUUUAAAAAUUUGAUGAAGCCACGGAGUGCUACAAUCUCAUUAUGUUUUUUCUAAAAAAAAAGUUAAGCUAAGUAUAAAUGAAACUGUUUUGGUUUAGUUCUUCUCCUUCGCAAUUUUUUUGUGUUGGAAAAAAAUCGCUGUUUCAAAAUUUCAUUAUAGAUUUUGAUUGGUUUGAAAAUUUGAUAAGUAUUCUGCUAGAUACUAAAACCAGGAAAAUUCCGAAAUCACACAAACUUAGCCUGAAUCCCCUAACCUCCCAUUUUCCAAACAUUUUCAAAUUCACAUUUUUUUGGCAUUGAUUUAAAGCUUCUAGAAAAUUCCCAAAACUUUCAAGAAAGUUCCGCAAAAUCAAAAAAAUUCCGAAAAUCCUCUGAAUCCUUUGAAUUCAUCUAACUAAGUACUUCCCAAACUGUAAUAAAUUUUUGAAAAAAAAAUUCACUGUUUCAGAAACAUUUGUUUAUUUUUUGAAGAUUUUUUUGUUAUUACGCUGAGUUUGCUCAUUUGGAAUAAUUCACUGUUUCAAAAAUUGUUUAUAAAUUUGAUGGAUUUUGAAAAAAUGAUAAAGCCAGUGCUACAAUCUCAUUAUGUUUUUUCUAAAAAAGAAGUUAAGCUAAAUAUACAUGAUAAUGUUUUGGUUUAGUUCUUCUCCUUCACAAUAUUUUUUUGUUAGAAAAAUUUCACUGUUUCAAAAUUUCAUGAUAGAUUUUGAAGGGUUUGAAAAUUUGAUAAGUAUUCUGCUAGAUACUAAAACCAGGAAAAUUCCGAAAUCACACAAACUUAGCCUGAAUCCCCUAACCUCCCAUUUUCCAAACAUUUUCAAAUUCACAUUUUUUUGGCAUUGAUUUAAAGCUUCUAGAAAAUUCCCAAAACUUUCAAGAAAGUUCCGCAAAAUCAAAAAAAAAUUCCGAAAAUCCUCUGAAUCCUUUGAAUUCAUCUAACUACUUCCCAAACUGUAAUAAAUUUUUGAAAAAAAAAUUCACUGUUUCAGAAACAUUUGUUCAUUUUCUGAGGAUUUUUUUUGUUAUUACGCUGUGUUUUUUCAUUUGGAAUGAUUCACUGUUUCAAAAAUUGUUUGUAGAUUUUUGAAAAAUUGAUAAACCAAUCCACUGAUGUUUAUUCCAGAAAAAAAGAAGUUAAGCUAAGUAAAAAAAUAAAAAACUGUUUUGGUUUAGUUCUUCUCCUUCGCAAUUUUUUUGUUGGAAAAAUUUCACUGUUUCAAAAUUUCAUUAUAGAUUCUAAAUUUUGGCCAAAAAACUUCCAAUACCAUCUGAAUCCACUGAAUUAAAUUUUUUUUAAACUUAAUUUUUUUCCAAAAAAAAAUCCAGAAAACCCUCGAAAUUUAGGAUAGAUGUUCUAAGCUUCAGAAACUCCCAGACUUCUUCUAACUUCUGAUCCUCAUUUCUUAAACUCUCCAAAAAAGUUCCACCAACUCCAAAAAGCUUUAAAACAUAUCUAAGAAGUUCCAGAAUCAUCUAGAUCCCUUGUGAAGUUAGCCUAACUUCCCCCAAACCACUUUUCAUUUUCUUCUUCUCCACAAAUUCCUCCUCAUUCAUUUUUUUCUUGCACAUAUCGGGGUCACUCGGUCACUUUUCCCCAUUUCGAAAACACACACACAGCCAUUUCUUUUUCCCUUUUUUUUCAAAAAAAAAAAAAAGAUCUUCUCUUUUCCCUUUUGUUGACCAGCGAGAGACGGAGAGAGUGCAGAGAAAAAAAGACAGGUGCAAGAGAAAAAAUGUGUGUCGCCGCGCCUGGGACGCGGCCCCCUUCCGUUUUUCGAAAUGCUGUGGUCGCUUCUGGGAAAUGCGACAAAAAAAAUUGUGACACGGUGUGUGUGUGUUUUUUGAGUUGAGUUAGGCUAAGUGAUAUAAUUUUGGGGUGUAGAAUUGAAAAAAAAAGAAAAAAUUUAAUGAUAUGGUAUGAGUCAGAAGGAAUUUUGAUUUUUUGAGAGGAAGUGAUGUGGAAUGACGAAAUUCUGGAGAACAAGACAAUUUGAACUGGAAAUUUGCAAGAUUCUGGAAAUUUUCAGCCUUGAAAGUUUUUUGGAAAUCCAAAGAUCUUUAGACAAAAUUCCGAGAAGCCAUAAUUUCCCCUUGAAUUUUUGAAAAUUAAAAUUUUUCAAAUUUUUUUUGAGAAUCAAAAAUCUAUCGGAAGCCACAAAAAAUUUAAAAAUUAUUUGAUUUUUUGCAGUUUGGUACUGUAGUCCUAUUUUUUGUAGUUCGAGGUACUGUAGUUCCAUCUAGGAAAGUCAAGAUUUUUCAGUUUGGGGUACUGUAGUUUCAUCCAGGAAAGUCAAGCUUUUGCAGUUUGGGGUACUGUAGUCGUAUUUUCGCAGUUUGGGGAUUUACUGUAGGAUUUUUUCAAAAUGGUUCUAGAAAAUAGAUUUUUUCUAGUUCGGAGUACUGUAGUUUCAUCUAGGAAAGUCAAGAUUUUUCAGUUUGGGGUACUGUAGUUUCAUCCAGGAAAGUCAAACUUUUGCAGUUUGGGGUACUGUAGUUUCUUCUGGAAGUUUUCGAGAACUUUUGCAGUUCGGAGUACUGUAGUCGUAUUUUCGCAGUUUGGGGUUUUACUGUAGGAUUUUUUCAAAAUGGUUCUGGGAGAUGGAUUUUUUGUAGUUCGGAGUACUGUAAUCAAUAUUUUUGCAGUUCGAAGUACUGUAGUUUCAUCUAGAAUAUUUUCUAAACAUUUUGAACUGUUUGCAGUUUGGAGUACUGUAGCUGUUUUCAAAAAUAUAUUAGGAACUUUUGCAAUUCGGAUACUGUAGAUCAUCCUAAUAAAUUUGUGGUUUGGUUCUGUAUCUUAUCAUUUAAGUAUUUUGUGUCUGGAACCAAAAAGGUUCCAGUUUAAUUUUUUUUCCAAAAAAAAAUCAAAAAAUCAAAUUUCUUCGGCGGAAAUCUUUAGUCAAAAUCACCUUGUUUUUCUCAAAAAAAAAAAAUUGUUUUCGCUCACAAAAAAGUGUGUGUUCUGUUUUUUUUCUCUGUGGCUGACUUGAAUGGGGUGGCGCCAGCGCCCCGGCGUUCCUUUUUCUCUGAGCUCUCUCAAUUUGGCCUUAUCUCUCGGCGUCUAGGAGGAACAUCUAGUUGUCUAGAGAGGCCUUCUUCUUCAUUCGCUCGAAAAAUAUUUUUUUUGUUAUUUUCCUACACCUAAAUUCGCUAUUGAUCGAUUUUCUAGUCUGAAAUUUCAGAUUAUUUCUGAAAAUAUUUUUCUGGUAGAUCAAAAAAAUGUUCAUAUUAUUAUAUGUUCCUCCCAAAAGGUAGAUCAAAAAUCUCAAAAUUUUUUUUGUGCCCAAAAAAAAAUUCGCUGAAAAUUUCCAACCUAUAAUUUCAGCAGUAGCAGCAGCAGCAUAUUUUCUCUGCGUCUCCUAGUUCUCUGUGCUCUCUCACCCCCUUCUCUCUCCCCACACACACUCACACAACACAGCUAGGCGCCUGGCGGCGCGCUAUGGCUCCGCGGCCAGGCACCGCGCCCCGCCCAUUUUUGCUGCUGCUGCUGCUGCCGCGCGCCUCUGCGCGCGCCUCCCCUUUUUUCUUUCUUCAUUUUUGUCUUCUCAGACUUGGCUAUUAGUUGUACUACUACUAGAUGUAUAUUUUUUUGAUCUACCGGAAUAAUAUUUUUGAGACUGAAAGGCACUUUCCUGUUCCCUGAGACCUCAAGUGUGAUCCGUGUGUGCUUGUUUUUUGCGGGUAGGCAUCACGUUUGAGCUCUCUGGGCACCAGGAAUGAUGUUUUGUGGAUUUGGAGAUUUUUAGGGGAGUUCAGGUAACUUGGAAGUUUCUGGAGAUUUCUAAAAGUUCCAGGUGGUCUUGAAAGUUCAGGUAACUUGGAAGAUUUCGGGAGGAAGUUUGGAUAUUUUUCUAGAAUCUUGGGAAAUUUCUAGAAGUUCAGGUAACUCUGAAAGUUUUUGAAAUUUUCUAGAAUUUUCAGGAGGUCUUGGGAAGGUUCUGAGGAAGUUCAGGUAACUUGGAUUUGGAUUUUAUUUAGAUUCUGAAAAUAAAAAACUUCAGAAAUUAUAGAAAGAUUAUUAGGAAGUAACAGGAAGUUCUGAAAUACCAGGAGAUCUUGGAAGUUCAGAUAACUCUUGAGGUUUUCAGAUGAAAUUUGAGAAUGUUACAGAAAGUUCAGGUAACUUUUGGAUUUGGAUUCUGAAAAAAAAUCGGGAAUAUCUGAAAGAAAUUGUCGAAAAGUUACAGAAAAUUGUAAAAUUCCAGAAACUCUUAGAAGUUCCGCUAAGUCUUGAGAUUUUCAGAUAAAUUUUGAGGAAAAUACUGGAAGUUCAGGUAACUCUGGAGGAUCGAAGAAAUUUCAGAAAUUUCCAGAAAGCUUGUAAAAUUGUUCAUGAUAUUCAAAGGCUCCUGGAAGUUAAGAAAACUCUUAUAAUUUUCAGAAGUUAUUUUUUGAAAAGUUAGGAUAACUCAGAAGCUUUUUGAAGUUAUCCUAUCUUUUUCGAAAAAUAGUUUGGAUGUUCAGAAUAUCCCUGAAGUCUGGUAGAGUUCAGCUAACCUGAAAACAAUCAGGAAAUUUUCAGAAAUCCUAGAAUGUUUCCGAAGUUCAAGUAACUCCAAUUAAAAAUUUUCUAGCGAAUCUUGAAGUUCCUGUAACUUCUAGAAGUUCAGAUUAAAUUUCGCAACUUUCAGAGAUUUCCAGGUGAUUUUGAAAUGUUUUCCAGAGCAACAGAGGAAGGAUAACUUAUUUUCAGAUUUUUCCAGUUUCCAGAUGUUUCAGAAUCAGAUUUUUCUGCAAUUUUUUUCCAUCAGAGUUAUCCAAAGUUCACGUAACUAUGGCUACCAUUUCUAAAAAGUUCAUCUGCACUUUUUUUAUUCAAAAAUCGCAGACCCAGACUACAGUACCUCUCCUCGCCCCAACAAAAUUUGUAGCUCUCCAGGCAGCCGGGCUACUGUAGAUCUAUACAACUACAAAGUCUUCUAUUUUUGAAUGUUGGAUGAUGAUGAUGAUUUCUCAUUUUCAGAAAAAAAGGGGAAAAAAGUUUUGCGUCAAAGAUUUCGGUGCCAGACACGGCUAAAAAUAACAUGGAAAGAAAUUUUGGAUUAUUUUUUGAUUAAUCAGCUUAGAUUUUGGAGGGAUUAAUUUUGAUUUUUCAAAAAUUUGGAAUUCGGAGAAAUAUAUACAGUAGUCUAGAACAUCUACAGUACCUCAAAAAAUCUGAAAAUAAUUUUAAAAGCCUUUUCUAAAGUUACAGAACAUACAGUACCCCGAAAUUAAAAAAAAUAAAUCUACAGUAAUCUGAAAACUGAUUGAAACUACAGUAAUUCUCGUUGAAACUGACAUUUGAUCAACAGUAAUCUAGAACAUCUACAGUACCUCAGGAGCUCUUAAAAUAAACUUAAAAGCCUUUUCUACAGUAUCAAAUCAUUACAGUACCCUGAAGUUUGAAAAAAGUGAUCUACAGUACCUCAGAAGCUCUAGAGAAACCUUGAGGAUCUUGUUUACAGUAAGAAAAACAGUACAGUACCUGAACUACAGUAAUCUAAAAAUAAAUUGAAAUAUAACAACGAGUUUUUAAACUCGAGAUUUGAUCUACAGUAAUCUAGAACAUCUACAGUACCUCAGGAACUCUGAAAAUAAUUUGAAAAGCCAAAAUACAGUAAUCUCAAAAUACAGUAACCUGAAGGGUUCCUUGAAUAUUGAUCUACCUACAGUACAUCUAGAACAUCUACAGUAUCAGAUUCAGAAUCACGGAUCCUGGAGGUACUGUAGCCAGGGUAUACUGUAGUCGCAGGUGCUCUAGGCGUACCAAUUCUAGAUCUACCGUAUCCCAGGAGUACUGUAGCCCCCCCCUCCCCCUCCCCAAAAUCUAAUUUUCCAGAAGUCCCAUCUCUCCCGCCACCAUCUCCCGCCUCACCCGAAUUCCCAGACACGCACGACAAAUUCGGAAAAUGUUGCGAACGCGAAAUCGACUCUCUCGACCCCCUCCGACCAUCCACCAACGAGCUCAGCGGAGCACGUUUGCUCCAGCGAAAAGCCAGCAAAGAGCACGCUCUACCAGAAGUGUGUCAUGUGCCAGGACAAGUUCCGUAUCAUGCAAAAGCCCGGGCUGAAUCAUCGCAUAGAUCUACCUCGAAAUCUACAGGAGCUGCUGGAGCAGCUGGAAAUCUUCAUCCUAGGAAAAGAGCUCAACAGAAUGAGCCACGUAUCGGAACUGCCACAUCACAACACACUUUUAUCAUCGAAACCGAGAAACGAAAACCGAUUAUGGUGAAUUUGGGAUUGGUGGAUGGUGCUCUAGAACUUCGAAAAUCUGUGGAGGAUCGAGAUCGGAAAAAAGAGGAAGAGGAAAAGAAAAAGAAAAAGGAGAAGGAGGAAAAAGAUCGGGAACGGCAAAAGGCUUUGCGGCAUAUUCAAUUGACUUCGCGGAAAGCGCCGAGUUUGUUGAGGUGAGCAAAAUUUGAGGGAAAAAUGAGCCGGAAAUUCGGAAAAUUCGGUCAAAAAUACCCUAGAAACUCGAAAAUUCACCCUGGCGGAGUUUAGGUGGCCUAGAAACCCAAAUUGUAUACUUUGAUCGCUCUAAAAUCUGAAAAAGAUCACAAAAAAAUCCAGAGACUGGAAAAUUCAUCUUAGCCGAGUUUUGGUGGUCUAGAAACCCAUAGUCUCAGCUUGGCAGAGUUUUCAUGGCGUAAGAACACAAAAUCUCAUCCUGGCCGAGUUUUCAUGGCCUAGAAACUUAGAAAAUCACCCUGGCCGAGUUUCCGUGACCUAGAAACCCAACACCUCCAUUUUUCUUCCAGAAAAGAGCUCUCCGACGCCUCUUCUCCCCUCGAAGAUAAAAUCGAAAAACUAACAUCUCGCAAAUCCGCGUCAAAACUUAGCCUAACUUCCAAGAAACCAUCCUCAGACAAGGAUUUCGACGAAAAAAUCAACAACAACAAUAAUAUGAGCUCUUUUGAGCUGAGUCUCGAAAACGGCUCGACGACCACCCACGAAGAUUAUUCGGCGAUUUUCGGAAGCCGACCGAAAGUUGCGCGAACUCCCGACACCAAUCAGCAAUCCAAGUCGUUCUUUUGA